AAAGUAUUGAUAGAGGCACCUCCAUCAAAGAUAUUAUCGAAAAAGGUGUUGGCCCAUAUUGAAAAAAGAUUUACCACUAGCGCCAGUGAUUAUAGUCAAUUAAUUCGAUUUAUCAACUGCGCACUGCAUCUUAAGAGACAAAGUCUCCUUUCUUCGAAAGAUAUUUCCGAUAAUUUUAUUUUCAUUGUUAUAGUCAUGACUUACGAAUCGUACAACUGA